UACUAUACCGUACUAAAACCUAACCCAAUUCAAUAGUCGUCAAAUUCGGUAUAGGAAAUAAGUGUGAUUUCGUAAGAUAUUUAAUAAAAUUACGCAAAACAGUGCACAAGGACGUGCUGAUUGAUAUAAAUUCGUGGUGAAAAGUAACUAGUGUAGUGUUCUUACCUUGUAAAAGUUGUAAAAUAAAACCGGCAACAGUUACCCACAGAACGUCAACUUUAAUCACUAUUUUCUCACAAGAUACACUGAAUUUGACCUUAAAAAUUAAAUAUAACAAUUACACUAUGUGCAUUCAAUAAAGAAGAAUGGCGAACUUCUAUACAAUUUCAGACCUGGACUUAGGAGUCCCGUUCACGAACGAAAUCUAUUGAUACUUAUAGAACUAAUCUAGACAAACAAAAAAGUUAAUGGUGUUAAUUAUAUUAAAGUUGGGAUUUCAAAAAUAUUUACACUUCAAUGUAACAAGUGAGGUUAUUAUUUAAAUCGUGGUUUUCUAUUCGUUAUAAUAUAUUGUUGUUUAAAAUGAAUUUGUAAUGAAUACAUACAUAAUAUGCAAGUCUACUGUUUCUAUACGACGAUUUUAAUCUGCGAUAAUGGUGGUUAAGUAACUUUUGCAAUAUGCAAUCACGGGAUGGGUCAUACGAAAUUGUGUUUUUUAAAUCUAAUUCUUGAAGAAGCUUUAAUCGCUUUGAGCUUCUGUGCCAGCCUCAUAGGGUAAUUCUAUUUUAUUUUUAAGCCUGUCAACUAUUAGUCAAUGGCACGGAAGUCUGGUAGUAGGGCCUAUAGUUCGUGUUAUAAUGUCUUGCAGUUGGGCAAAAGCCUCCUUGUUAGGUAAUAAAUAAAAAAUAUUUAUUUAUGAGUAAACAUUUAUUUCCUCCUAAAACUAUCAUACAAGAGUAAGUUGGUAAGUAUGCAAUAUGUGGUAUGAGAAGGAUUCGUACCUGGGAUUCAGCUGCUGGUUAAUUUAUGUAAUCAGUAACUCGUCCAAGAAAGCAGCAGGAGCAUCAAAACGAUCUUGAUGGCGAGCAUACCCCAAAUACCACAAAAUGGACAUACAUACAUACAUACAUAUGGUCACGUCUAUCUCCCUUGCGGGGUAGACAGAGCCAACAGUCUUGAAAAGACGUAAUGGCCACGUUCAGCUAUUUGGCUUAACGAUAGAAUUGAGAUGCAACUAGUGACAGGUUGCUAGCCCAUCGCCUAAAAAAGAAUCCCAAGUUUGUUAGCCCAUCCCUUAGUCGCCUUUUACGACAUCCAUGAGAAAGAGAUGAAGUGGUCAAAAUGGACAUUAUGUGCGAGCAACACCCAACUGUGCGAUUUCACGCCCUUGUACACCCCUAUCUACUACUAUAUAAUUAAAAUAUGAUCUGCUACCCACAUAUCUUGAUUUUAUCCUAGCUCUUAAAAUGUACGGAUCUACACCACCAUAUGCUGAUAAUACUCGAGCAUUUACUUCACUCCUUGCUACUUCAAUGCUGAACAUCCCAUGAGCUCUGAUAUGUUUCCCGACAUAUGAUUUUGCUUGGCGAAUUUGGUAAGUGCCAAGGGAAAUUAAUUUUAAAUCUUCUAUAGUAAGUUCUGGGAAAACAAUGUUUGCAUAAUUUAUUUCCUCAAACGAUGUAUGUCUCAUGUUGAAAUUAUUUUCUAUGACAAUGUCCGCCAAGUUACUAUCUAAAAACAUCCUUUCUUGAAUGAUGUCCAAUAUCAUUUCUACACCCUCUCUUUCUGAAUAUUGGACAGCAAAAUGGUUAAUAAGUGCAGCCGCUAUAGAAAAUUCUUCCAUUAUAUGUGGGCAUCUUUUGUUUAGGAAGUCUGCUCUGAAGAUUUUAAAAUCACGGCUGAAUCGCCCGUUGACUCCUUCAACCACCCAUCUGUUCAUGGUAAUACAUCUAGACACAUUCGCUUGAAGGGUUGUCAAUUGUCUUUGUCCUGGCUCAAUAGAUUCGGGCAGAUGAACUUGAUAUCCUAAAAAAAAUAUAUAUAAUGUAUGUAGAUUAAUCAAUAAAAACAUUCAUUUUCACUAUCUGUGAGAGAGGUUUUGAAGAAUAAUUAAUUUUAUUUUAUUUUGCACAACAUUAACUAUUUCUCAUUAAAAAGUAAUAAAAUAAAAUAAAAAUACCUUUCUGAUAAAGAUCAUCUCUACAGUCUCUGAAUCCCCUGUCAAGUAUGAAUGUAUCAUCUUCUUGGAAUAAAUUACAGAAUGCAUCAUUUUCCAUUAAUUCAAUCAUUAUUGAAGCAUCAUUUUUUGUUGCUGUGUAUGGCCCAGAGGCAUUUAUAAUAUAUUUUACAUAAUUUAGAAGAUAUAAAUAUAAUAAUACUGAGCCACUUUUUACGUCGAUUUAUAAUGGCCAAAUCGAUAAAAUAAAUCAUUAAAAUAUUUGAGGUUAUCUCAAUUAUUUACGUUCCCAGUACAUUAUUCGACUGAAAUCUAUUUAUUUAAGGUUAUUAAUGAAGUCAUUACAUGAAUAGUAUGAUCUAACAACCACAGAACUCUGCAGAACACAUAAGGGUCGCCGCAUACGAGCCACGCGCCACAGCCACAAACGCCGCCACGAGAAGCUAGAAGCGGCUACAAAGGUAGCUGAAGCGCGCAACAGCCACUUGUGGCCGGUGGUCGACACUUGCGGUCAGUGGCUGCUACUUUUUUUAACUCUUGCGUGCAGUAUCAUAAUGGACUCUGACGAAGAAGGUUUAAUUGCGCUACUUUUGAUAAAAAGACGUCGUCGUAGAAGACGAAACCGUAGUUAUUGGAUACAUCCAAUUUUAACGAAUGUACACAAAUGCAACGAACAUUUCGAUAAUCUUCUAAACCAUCCUAAAAAGUUUUUCAAACAUUUUCGUUUAAGCAUAGGUACGUUUUGGGAACUACAUGCUCUAUUAUAUGCUGGAUUAAAGCACCACGAUACCAACAUGCGGAAAAGCAUCGCACCUGCGGAAAGACUAGCUAUCACAUUAAGGUAUCUAGGAACUGGAUGCUCGUUUGAGGAUUUUGAACUCUCUUACCACCGUGGAGCCUCUACAGCAAGGAAAAUAGUACAAGAAACAUGUCAACUAAUUUGGAACUAUUUAAAAGCCGUUUGUAUUCCAGAACCGACCCAAGACAUGUGGAAAGAAAUUGCCAGCGGAUUUCUUCAAAAUACUAAUUUGCCUAAUUGUUUAGGCGCCAUAGAUGGGAAACAUAUAAGAAUUAUUCAUCCAUUCGAAACCGGCUCCCUGUACUUUAACUAUAAAAAUUUUUUUUCAAUAGUACUUCUUGCAACUUGCGACUCGAAUUUACUUUUUACGUUCGUGGAUGUUGGGGCAUACGGUAAAGCAUCCGAUUCUACAAUAUUUAGAGAAAGUGAACUGUGUAAUAAAAUACACAGAAAGACAUUAAAUAUCCCCUCACCACGACAGGUCGGUAAUCGACAACCACUGAACUAUACAUUUGUUGGUGAUGAAGCAUUAGGCCUCAGUGAAAAUAUGAUGAGGCCAUAUGCUGGAAAAUAUUUGGACUUAGACAAAAAAGUUUUCAAUUAUAGGUUAAGCCGUGCCAGACGUUGCAUUGAGUGUACCUUCGGCGUACUAGCAAACAAAUGGAGAAUAUUACAUCGCCCAUUAAACACUUCUGUUCAUUUCUCAGAAGACAUUGUGAAAGCUUGUUGCAUUUUGCACAACUUUAUUCGCAAAAGGGAUGGCUUCAAUUUUCGGCACACUUUGAAAAUAGUGGGACUCGAAAAUAUACAAAAUACAGGCUGGCCAGUAACACGAGCGUCUACGGCAAGAGAUACGUUAAAAGAUUAUUUUAUGAAUGAAGGAGCAAUACCGUGGCAAGAAAAUGGAAUAUAAAUAUUUGGUUUUAUAUUAUUUUAUUAAACUUACCUUCAAUGUUCUUUUCUUUAGCAGUUUUAUUUGAAAAAUCUCCUACAAACAAUUCGCAGAUUUCUUCCCAGGCCUUCACUUUUUCUCCUCUAUUACUAUAACUAUCACUUUUUGAAUUCCAAAUCGCAGGACGGGAUUGUAUCUCUGAUAUAAAUAAUUCUAUAUCCAUAUUUAUCUACUGAACUACAGACUAUGUGCGUGCGUUACCGUCGACGUACACAGGUUAACUGAGGCAAGGGAGAGAGGGGCGCGGUAUCGCGCGAGUGGCGUGUGGCGGCUUUUUGUGUCGGCGUUUAGUGGCCGGUGCGAGCCACAAGAUGCAGGCUGCGACGAUUUGUAGCGUGUGGCCGCCACCGACGCCAACCGUGUGCGGCGAGUCCAUAUGAAAUGUAUGAAAAUUACAGGAAAUAUGCCAGUGGCGGCGUUUUGUGGUUGUGGCCGGUGGCCCGUGUGCGGGAGCCCUAAAUGCUUCAAGGUUAUGUACCUACCUGCUUUUACAACGCAGAGUAUGUAGAUACCUAUUGCGACAUUUUAGCCCUUUUGCAACUAUCCUAAGUAAGUUUGCAAGUACCCUAUCUUACUAUAGUUACUGCUCUUGACUUAUUUGCUUCUAUGGUUGAUAGUUGCGAUUCACCCUGCUGUAAAUUACUGGGUACAUAUAUCCUAUAUCCACAAUCAUUUAGUAAGGGCAAGGCAUCACGGAAGCCCCUAUCCAGUACAAACGCAUCUCCAGGUCGGAAAUAUUGUCUUAGAACCGAGUCCUCUGUAAACUCUUUUUUUAUAAUUUCCGCAUCAGAUGUGUUUGCUGGAUAAGGGCCUAACACAUCAAGUAUGUAUCCAUCCGAUGUAACAAUUAGUAAUGGUUUAACUAAAUUAUUAUAUUUAUGGAGACUAUAAGUUUUUUUGGUACUAUUAGAGCUCUUUUGAACAUAGACAUAAGUGCCAUCUAAAAUAACUAUUGGUUUUAUUUCGCCGUUAUGGUAACCAAACAAUCCAUUAGGUAUAAUUAGAUUUCUAUCCUGUAUUUGCUGCCUAUUGAUAUGAUUGAAACCCAAAUUAUGGGGUACAAAAUAAUCAUACAUUAGGCGUUUUGCCUUUAACAAAUACUUAUUUAAAGUUGACUGUGGGAUUUUAAGUAGUGUUGACAACCUAUCAUCAGAAUCCCUUGUCCUUAAUUUCAUUAAAUAGGCAGCUAAAGCAGUAGGUAGGAAAUUGUGGUACUUCGUUUAAAAUCUGUUGAAAUUGAGCUUUCGUAAAUCCAAUCCAGUGAUAAAACAUUAUGGUCUUCCAUACUUUUAAACUCAAGGAAAUUGACUUCAGCGUCUUUUAAAGUUCUGCAUUGAAUACAUUAAUGAUAUUCAUUGAUAUAUCAUUAAGGAAGUCCCAUGAUGUGCAAGUCAAGUGAUAGUCACAUAAUCUGUUAUUUGGGGGCACAUAAUAAUUGUACAUUUUUAAUAAUUGCCUUCGCAUGGAAGGAGUCACUCGGUUUCUUUCUUUUCCGCAACAUCCUUCAACAAAACAUCUAUUUUGUGUUUCCACUGGUCUAAAAUAAUCAGGUAAAACAAUUGUAUUGACAUGAGGCCUUCUCGCUUCUUCCACCGAAGGGUCUUGUACUUCGAGAGAUCUUUGGGAAAUUACUUCAUUAUCCGGGAUUAAAGAUCCGGUAGAAGUUGAGAGGCUCGAAUGAUGAUGAAUGAAUGGAGAGUCUUGAAUAUUCAGAGAGCCUCCGGAACCUGGUUAGUUAACGGGCACUGAAGAAGCAGCAGAUGUAGAGGGGCCCGAAUGGAAAUGGCGGGAAGCUCUUGAUGCUCUCAUCCAACAAGAGUGACACAAAAAGGUUGAAACACUCAUCUGAAAAAAAAAUUAAAUGUAAUUAAUUAUAAAUAAAUAUUAAUAUUACAAAAUAUUAAGGAAUGAUGUUUGUAAUGUGAAGUAACUGUGUGUGUAUGUAGAUGUUUACCGUGCGUGGGAUAAUCCAUUCCUUUAGGGCGCUUUUAGUGUCACGCGGAUUUGCUCACGCACGCGGGAUUGGACCGCAUGCGUAAAAUUUCACGCUGCGGAUCAUACGCAGCAUGAGUUUCAGUUUUCUACGGGCUGCGUAACGGUAUAGACGUGUUCAAAAAUGAUCAAUGUCAGAAGAAUAUCUGUCGCUUACAUACUUUACAAACGACGAAACAAGAAGACAAGAGUACAUGUUGAUCCCUUUCUUGAAAAUAGGCUUCUUGCUGGGGCGUUUGUUACACACUUUGGAAAACUACAAAAUAAUGAACGUAAAUUUAAAAAUUACUUUCGAAUGUCCAUUCGUUCUUUUGAUGAACUGUUGUGUAAAAUUGAGAAUAAGCUACAAAAAAGCAGUUUACGAAGGAUUACAAUACAACCGAUUGAGAGGCUCGCUAUUACAUUAAGGUAAGUUUAAAAUUUUAAAUAUUUAAUUUCCUGCUAUGAUUUAGUGGAAAGGGAUUUGAACAGGUAGGAUAAACGUACCAAUCCCAAACCAGUAAAGGACUUUUUUGACUUCAAAUUACUGUCAUGUGUAAAUUUACAUGUGCAAAAAAAAAAUUUGUCAUGUACUCUGGUCAACUGCAAAAAUGUUACACAAAAAUCAAAUCAAUGAUUUUUUUCGGUAGUUGACCAUCGUGGUCAACUAUUGAGACAUCAUACAACACAUGUUCUAAGUAAUUAUCCAGUCUAAAUAAACGGUAUAAUAAUGAUUUUUUGUUUGAAAUAUCGUAAAGUAACGCGUCAUUGGUUAUUAAUUGUUGAAAUUUCAUAAAAUAAGAUUAUUUCACUCAUAAAAUGUCACCAUUAAAGUGGAAUCAUUCCCACCUUUCAUCACACGCUACUUAUUAUAAUAUAGAUAAAAGUUAUAGGUUUGCACAUGACAGUAAUUUAAAGUCAAAAAAAGUCCUUAAUUGGUUUGGGAUUGGUACGUUCAACCUACAUACACAAUCCUUUUUUUUAUCUGAUAAAGUACACAUGGCCACAGAUCAAGUUACCCAAAACCAGCAUAAAUGGAACUCGCGCCUUGCGUAUUAUCAUACUUAGGUAACCCGUCGGAGUCCCGCUUAUACUGGAUUUGAGUAACUUGAUCUGUGCCGUGUGUACAACCGCACUCAUAUGACUAAACAAACAAUUAGAGAGAAACUGGAGAAAAAAAGUUAAUCGUACUCAUUUUAAUAAAAAGAGUUUUAUUCAUAAAUUAAAAAAUCAAAUUUUACAUCAUUCAUUUCUUUGUAAAUUUGUAUCCUGAGCGUUGACAUUUCUUUCGCCUGUAGAUGAUGUUGUUGCUGGGGUAUAAAUUACGUCAUAAGAUGUGAUAUUAAACAAGCCGCUUUCAGUCGAAAUAAGAGUUUCAUUGUCAUUCACUGCAGCAGAACUAAUAGCAUUGUCGUUAAGACUCGAAGUAUCCUGGAUUAUACUAUUGGUUUGGUAAUCUUGAUUUAUCGGUGAGAAACUGUCAAGCUCAGUAAAAGCACUAGAACUUGUUGUAGGUAUGGGACUGUAGUAUGCAGGUUGUGUUUGACUUUCCAUUUCCAUAACUAUAUUUAACACUUUUGUUCUGAACAUUAGUUUUUGAUAUCUAGUGAAUCUUUUUAAUGAAGGCUGCAGAGACUGAAAGAAAGCCAAAUCCUCACUUUCUAGCUCCAGUUGAUUAGACUUUAAGCAUUCUAAUAACUGUGCCUCAAAUUCAGAUGGUGCUUGCUUUUUAGAUUUUACUUGUUUUUGUUUUGAUGUUAGUUGAGAACUUUCUUGACGUGAAGUACCUGGUUGCGUGGACUCAUUAGGUGUUUCUAAAUUACUUUGUUCAGACAUUUCUUCGCAGAGUGACUCUUCUCCAACAGUUUCCGUUGUACUGUCUAAGAAAGUCAAAAUGUCAUAGUAAGAAUAUUUCUUCUUCUUCUUACUCCCAGAGCCGGAUGGCUGAUUUUUUUCAGAUAUCUUGUCUUUCUGGUAAGUGUCCCUUGCUGUUCGCCAGCGUUGUUGUAUUUUCUUGUCUGAAAUGACAAAAUAUAAUAAGUAAGUGGCAAAAGUACACACAGUUUCAGAUCAAGUUACCCAAAACCAGUACCAAUAAACGGAACUUGCUAGGGCCUCGCCGGGCGGCGAGUCGUCUACGAUAAUAAACAACGCAUGAGUCCUAUUUAUACUGGUUUUGGGAAGCUUGAUCUGUGGCCGUGUGUACAAAUCUGAUAUUAGUUGGAAAAUUAACUGCAUUCGAUUAAAGGCCCUCCUUAAUUCACACAUGUUGUCAACUUUACACUGUCUCAUGAAGAAUUAGAUAAAUCAAGCAAUAUAUAUAUACCUAUACAGAGUGGAAAAAUAAGGCCGCAGUUGAAGGAAAAGUACCCAUAAUAUUGAUGAUGGCAAAUUUUACUGAAUGGAAAUAAUU